AGCGGGGCCGCCAUGUUGGAUGGGUCUGCAUGAAGCGCUACAGCCUGCAGAAGAAGGAUGCCGGUGUAUUGUUCAGCUUACGGUUGUAAUAACCGCCGAAACGCUGAAAAUAUAGCACGUGGAAUCACAUUUCAUAAGUUCCCUAAAGAGAAGUGCCUGCGGAGGCAGUGGGAGCUGGCCGUGAGGAGGGAAGACUUCACGGCCACCGAGGCGUCCAAGCUGUGCAGCCAACACUUCAGACCGCCCGACUUCGACCGGACGGGGCAGAUCGUCCGGCUCAGAGAGGGAGUCGUACCGUCCGUCUUCAACUUCACUCCCCUGAAAAAGACUGUAGCAAACAGGACCAGCAAAGCUUUAAGGAGGGCUGAGUCUGGCCCCCCAGUGGAGCGUCAGCCCAACGCUGACCACUCCUACGCCCUGCCGGACUGCCCCGCCCUCCUGAAGGCCAGGCUGACGGAGGCCCUGGCCCGGGUGGAGAGCCUGGAGCGGGAGCGGCAGAGCGCCCGGGCCCGGGAGCGCCGGGCCUACCGGACCGUGCAGAGCCUGCUGGACGACCUGAAGAAGAAGCGGCUGAUCAACAGGGAGCUGAAGCAGAAGCUGGACCACUUCUCGGACCUCCAGAUCGACUGCUUCUCCCGGCGGGGCUGCGAGUACACCCCGCAGCAGAGGGAGUUCGCCCUCACGCUCCACCUCCACGGCCCCAAGGCCUACAGCUACCUGAGGGAGUCCCUGCAGCUGCCCCUCCCCCACCCACACACCCUGCACAGGUGGAGGAAAUGGGUGGAGGCCGAGCCGGCCGCCAGCAGCGUGAUGCUGGACAUGUGUGUGUCCAUGACUGAAGCCUGCGGCGAGGCGCCUCCAGCCUGCGGCGAGGCGCCUCCAGCCUGCGGCGAGGCGCCUCCAGCCUGCGGCGAGGCGCCUCCAGCCUGCGGCGAGGCGCCUCCAGCCUGCGGCGAGGCGUCUGAGUCCCACGGCGAGGCUCCUGCAGCCCACGGUGAGGCGGUCUGGUCUGAAUGCCGUGGCGAGGCGUUCGAAUCCCGCGGCGAGGCGUCUGCAGCGCCGCCUGGUGGUCAGCUGUGACCUGAGCCUGCUGAGACGAAGCAGGCGCCACCUGGCUCCAUGACCAG